AUGUCCGGGCCACCCGCCGUCACCCUGCACGUCCCCGAGGACGCCGAGAGCGAGGAGCAGGAGCCGAGCCCCUGCAGCGAGGGCGCCAUGCACAGCUCCUUCCGGCAGCUCAUCCAGGAGCAGAGCAGCCUGGCGGAGGCGGAGGCGGCGGCCGCGCUGGAGCUGGAGAUGCGGGCGCAGGGCAGAGAGCCCCCGGAGCCGUGGCCGGAGCGCGGCGAGGAGCACGGCGGCUUCUCGGCGGCCACGCUGCGCGUGCUGGCCAGCAUGCCCAGCCGCACCAUUGGGCGCAGCCGUGGGGCCAUCAUUGCCCAGUAUUGCAACCGCACGGCCCGGCUGCGGCAGCGCGGCGGCCGCCCGUCCCUGCGGCAGCUCGGCCUGCACCCCGACGCCGACCCCGCCGCGGGCACCCUGCAAGAGAAACGGAGCCUCCUGGCCAAGGAGCUGCUGGGCCUCUCGCCGGGGCAGCGCGGGCGCCUGCUGCGCGCGGUGCCGCUCAGCCUGGCCGAGAAGCGCAGCCUCAGGCGGGAGCUGAGCGAGCAGAGCGGCUCCCCCCAGGACAGCGCCCAGCACCAGGCCCCCUUCUCGCCCUGCAAGUACCACCUCAUCCUCGGCUGCCGCUCGCUCUGGUAUGGGCUGCUCUCGCUGUGCCCCAACGCCCGGCCCUGGCACGGCGCCCUGAAGCGCAUCAGCGGCCGCUUCGGCUCCAGUGUCCUCUCCUACUUCCUCUUCCUUGAGAGGCUCCUGGCCUUCAACAUCAUCCUCUUCCUCCCGCUCCUGGGCUUCGUGGUGGCGCUGCAGGCGGCCCAUCCGCCCUCGCCGGCCCCCAGUCCUACGCCCUUCACCGGCCUCGAGAUCCUCACCGGAGCGGGCUACUUCACCCACUCGCUGCUCUACUACGGCUACUACAGCAACACGUCCCUCCCCAGCCAGCCGCCCUACGCGCUGCCGCUGGCCUACGCGCUCACCACGGGCGCCUGCUUCGUGCUCACCUGCGUGCUGCUGCUGUGCAGCAUGGCCCGCGCCUUCGGGGAGAGCUACCGCCUGGGCGGCCCCGCGGGCGACGCCGCCAUCAAGGUGUUCUGCGCCUGGGACUUCAAGGUGGUGCGGCGGCGCUGGGCCCAGCUGCAGGCCGACAACAUCCGCACCCAGCUGAAGGAGCUGCUGGCGGAGCAGCGGUCACGCUCGGGCUCCCGGAGCCGCUGCCGGCACGUGGCCGUGCGCCUCCUGGCCUGGCUGCUGGCGCUGGGCACGGUGCUGGGCUGCGCACUGGCCGUGCACCACGUCUCGGAGCACAUGCACGCGGUGCAGCAGGCGGCUGGCGGCGGGCGGCAGCGGGAGGCGGCGCAGCUGGCGCUGCCCCUCGCCGUGACGCUCCUCAGCACGGCUGUGCCCCACGUCUACAACGCGCUGGCCGCCUGGGAGAAGCACGAGUCCCCCGUGCUGGAGGUGUACGUGGCCGUCUGCAGGAACCUGCUGCUGAAGUCGGUGCUCCUGGGGCUGCUUUGCUACCAGUGGCUGAGCCGCGGCGGUGUCUGCUCGGCGGAGGCGUGUUGGGAGACCUGCGUGGGCCAGGAGCUCUUCCGCUUCGUGGUGAUGGACCUCCUGUUUGCGCUGCUGGACACGCUCUUCGGGGAGCUGCUCUGGAGGCUGCUCUUGGAGAAGAGGCUCAAGAGGAAGCAGAGGCCCGAGUUCGAUAUCGCCCGCAACGUGCUGGAGCUCAUCUACGGGCAGACGCUGACGUGGCUGGGCAUCCUCUUCUCGCCGCUCCUGCCGGCCGUGCAGAUGCUGAAGCUGCUGCUGCUCUUCUACAUCAAAAAGAGCAGCCUCGUGCAGAACUGCCAGGCGCCCAGCAAGCCCUGGCAGGCGUCACACAUGAGCACCGUCUUCCUCACCCUGCUCUUCUUCCCCUCCUUCCUGGGCACCGCCGUCUUCUGCUGCUACGCCGUCUGGUCGGCGAAGCCGUCGGCGGCCUGUGGCCCCUUCCGCGGCUCCAAGAGCAUCUACGAGUCGGGGAAGGGCUGGCUGCGCUCGCUGGAGAGCUCGCAGCCCGCGCUCUCCUGGUUCGCCUGGAUCCCCCAGCACCUGCUGGAAAGCGCCGCCUUCCUCUUCCUCGCUUCUGGCGCCCUGCUGGCCGUGAUCUACUUCAACAUCCAGGUGGUGAAGGGCCAGCGGAGGGUCAUCCGCCUGCUGCGGGAGCAGAUCGCCAAGGAGGGAGAAGACAAGGUCUUCCUCAUCCAGAGGCUUCACUCCGUUUACGAGCAGGACAAGAGACGCAGCUGA